GUCUCUGCGGCUGCGCAGGGCUGGCUUCUCCGUGCCCGCGGGAGGCGUGGUUUGGACAACACGUCUCUGCGGCUGCGCAGGGCUGGCGGCUGGAGUAUCCACCGCAGCUUCUGGGCGACGUUCUUCUUUCUGGUCUACCCCGAUGCUCCGCGCAUUCUGGCUCGCGACAUCCUUGGGGCUGGGAGAGCCUAGAGGCGGCUCCCCUCGGGUGGCCGCCGGGGGUGGGGAGCCCCGCUGACGUCUCUCUAAGCCCCGAGGUGGGUAGCGCGGGCGGUGUUAUUCUUUUAUUGGGGGCGGGGCGCGCCUCAUUGCUCGCCGGACCCUGACGACCACCUGCAGCCUGUGGGGCGUCCUGCUGGAGCAGCGUGGCGCGUCCUGGGGACCUGAAGGGCGAGGGACGACGGAGGGAUUGCUGUGUCAGCUUCCUUGCGCCGGAGUACCUAGUGCAAGCUGCUGGGAGAGAAGCUGGAAAAAAGACCACUCAGGAUCUCCUAGAUGUGGAGCCAGCCACACUCAGUACACCAGAGCUUAGUCCUUCAUGGAGACCAUCUUCCAGCCAGAAUGGCAGUGGAGGAGAAUGACUUGCAGAUGGUCCCCUCACUGGAGGCUGGAUCAGAGCGUGGACUGCAGAGGAAACACCUGGUAGGAAGUCUCAACUUCCAUCUCUCCUCCCAGGUAGUGCAGCAUGGUGAGAAUCCGGAAGAAGCAGCUCUGGGCAUCCUGCCUGUGUAUCACAGUAGCAUCCUUUCUUCUCAUUUCAUUCCAGGUAGUCAGUGAGCUUGGCAAAUUUGAAAGACUGAAGAUAGAAAACUCUAAUCUGAAAGAUGGGCAGCAAAAACCUGAAGAAGCCACCAAACAUCUCCAUCUAUUUCUUAAGAAAGGACUGUACCAGAAUAAGAAGAAGAUAUCCAAAGCAGACAGCUAUCCUAUCAUGCUCUGGUGGUCCCCACUGACUGGGGAAACAGGGAGAUUAGGUCACUGUGGAGCAGAUAGCUGCUUUUUUACCAUCAAUCGGAGCUACCAGCAUCACCAUCUGACCAAAGCAUUCCUGUUCUAUGGUACUGAUUUUAGCAUAGACAGCUUGCCUCUGCCUCGGAAAGUCCAUCAUGACUGGGCUCUCUUUCAUGAAGAGUCUCCUAAAAACAACUACAAGCUCUUCCAUGAGCCUGUCAUCACACUGUUUAAUCAUACGGCUACCUUCAGCCGCCAUUCCCACUUGCCAUUAACCACUCAGUAUCUAGAAAGUGUAGAUGCUCUGAAGUCACUAAGGUACAUGGUUCCUCUGCACACCAAAAACAGCCUGAGACAGCGCCUGGCCCCACUGGUGUACGUGCAGUCUGACUGCGACCCACCUUCAGACCGGGACAGUUAUGUGCGGGAGCUGAUGAGUCACAUCCAAGUGGACUCUUACGGUGAAUGUCUGCGAAACCGAGACCUCCCUCCACAGCUGAAAAACCCAGCUUCUAUGGAUGAUGAUGGCUUCUACCGGAUCCUUGCACAGUACAAGUUCAUCCUUGCGUUUGAGAAUGCAGUCUGUGAUGACUACAUCACAGAGAAGUUCUGGCGACCUCUGAAGCUGGGCGUGGUCCCUGUGUACUACGGCUCACCCAGCAUCACUGACUGGCUUCCCAGCAACAAAAGUGCCAUUUUGGUAAAUGGGUUUUCUCACCCUCGGGAGCUGGCAGGCUUCAUCAAACAGCUGGAUAACAAUGACAAAGAAUACGAGGCCUACAUAGAAUGGAAACUGAAGGGUGAGAUCUCCAACCACCGGCUUCUCACGACUUUGAAGGAGCGCAGGUGGGGUGUACAGGACAUCACACAAGACAACUACAUUGAUGCCUUUGAAUGCAUGGUGUGUAACAAGGUGUGGGAAAACAUCAGGCUGCAAGAGAAGGGCUUUCUCCCUAAAAGGUGGAAUGCAGACGUGACACACCUGAGCUGCCCCAAACCCCAGGCUUUUGCCUUCCCUAUUCCAGCUCUACAAUGGACCUCUCUGCGUGAGAUGUGGAUCCCGAGCUUUGAGCAGUCCAAGAAGGAAGCCCGAGCCCUGCGGCAUUUGGUGGAGAGGAAUCAGAAUUUCACUGCACAAGAGUUCUGGGCCCUAGUAUUCAAAGACUGACUUCAACAAGCCCUUAGGAUCAUUGAUUUAGAGCUACUAUAUUAUAGCUUUAGGCCCUGCCCAGACACGAGCCACAGAAUUGAUGUUGUUUGCCUCAUGGGUGUGGGACGCUGCUCUUUAGGUUGCCUUAAUAACAUUUUAAGUCAAUAAUGAUAAGAAAGUUGUUUUGUUGACUUAUCCUCUAGGAUAGGAAUUAAUUGGUGCAGUAUUCACAAUAAGCUCUAUCAGAUAAUUCCCAUGAAGUACUCUUAGAAGUCACCCUAUAUUUUUAUAUUUAAAAAAUAUUUCUAGUAGACAUUAAUUUUAUCCACUUUAAAUGGCUAGAUUAAAAUUCCUGCUGCCUUUAUAUUAAGAUCCAUGUCAAUGGACAGUGUCCAUUUCAGUGCCUGGGACAGAUGGCAUGUGGACGUGUUUUGCACAUUCUGUGUCAGAUGUUCCUACCCUCAGAAAGACCAUUUCAUGGUCACUGGGUAGCAACCUUUCUGUCAGCCAAGCAUGAAAGAGAGAAGCAUGAGAGCUCGGUCCUGGGAAGUCCCUCUCUGCUAUCCAGAGAAUGAGCAAAGUCAACUCACAAUCUUGCCUUCAGGAAGCCUCCAAGCUCUAUGUGGGUGUGAGUGAUUUGUACUAGUGGUCACCUUAAGAACCCCAAGUGAUAUGAUAAAGAGAGCACUGGACCUGAAAUUAGGAAGUCCUAGAAUCAGAUCCUGUUUCUGAAACUUUUAGUUCUAUGUCCCUCAACCACUUCUCAAAGCUUCCAGCUCCUUGUCUAUAAAUUGGGGAUAAUAAUACCUAUUUCACAGUGUUGUUGUAAGGGUCAGAUAAGCUUGUAUAUGUUAACUUUAAAAUGUUACAGGAACAUCCAUUAUUAUUAAUCCCUGCCUCAUCCCCCCAGAAAAAAAUUUGGAUACUCUUGGUAAAGCUGAAAGAUUAUGCUUUUUGGGAUUUCCUGGCCCUAGCGUAUUCUAAGAUUUAGAGCUAAAAAGAGACAUGGAGGUCACCUACUCACCAAGAAAGAGGCAAGCAGGCUGACAGAGUAAGAGUCAGUUUGGAUCCCAACUUAGCCACUUACUGCUUGCGUGGUCUUGGAGAAGUCACCUUUCUUUUCAGGGAGUAGACUCUGGUCUUGGUUUCCUUCUCUCUAAAAUGAAGAGAUUGCAUGAGAUGGCUUCUGAGUCCCUUCCACCUCUGAAUCCAUGAUCCUUCAAGAUCCAAAGUGCGGUAGAGAGAGCAAGUCACUGGCCAAAGGAGCCUCCUUCCUCCUGGCUCACCCUGGCAACACAACCAAGAUUUGUAUCCACAUCCCACUAAUGUUUUCCACAACGUAAUUUUCCUAUAACAGGAUAUUGGAUUAGUGGUAAAGCUUGGUCCAGAAUUCAGGUCUCCUUGCCUGAAUCUGGGAUUCUUUUCUACAUUCUCAUUUGUCCACCUCAGGAAGCCAGGAAAAAAAAAGAAAAAUAAUCUCUAUUCACAAGGACCUGACAUUCCAAUGGAUGGGACAAGAAAUACAUUUUUAAAAAUACAAAAUACAUUUGAAAUGAAUGGUUGCAACUCUUAAUUACAAGGUAGUUGGGGGAGAGGGAUGACAGAGAGUUCUAGCACCUAGAGGAUCAGAGAAGGCUUCAUGUAAAAGGUGAUGUUUAAGGCAUAUCUUGAAAGAAGACAUGAAAGGAAGGAGAGAGUACAUUCCAGGGAGGGGGCACAGCCAAUACAAAUGCAUGGAGAUGGUAGAUGGAGCAUGCAUGAGAGAGGAAAAGAGCGAAGGCUAGUUUGGUUGACUCAGAGGGAAGAGUAAUUUCCAAUGAGCUGGAAAAAUUGAGGCCAUAUGGAGAUCUUUAAAAACUAAACAGAAUUUUAUAUUUUAUAUUAGAGGCAACUGGAAUAUUUGAUCAAGUAGGGUCUUUACGUGGUCAUGAGCUGUGUUUAAAGAAAAUUUACUUUCUAGGAAGAGGCCUUGCAGGGUAUAUGAUUUCUUGCUGUCUAGUUCCUGCUGGGCCUGGCAUCUUCAUCAAAAACAAUUCCCUUCUUGUUACACUUGAGAACAGAACUCAAGAGAUUAAUUUGAUUAGGAGAGAAAAGAACCAAGUCUGCUCUUUACUAACCAGGUGAUGGCAGACAAGGCACUUCCUUUUUCUGGGCAAUUUCCUCAAUUCCUACAAAGCCAUUGGCUGAGAGGAAUUCCCAUGUCUACAAUUUUUUUUUUUUUUUUUU